AUGACACCAACAAUGCUUGCAAAAACCUCUCCUUCCUCGAUGAGUAUGCCUACUCAAGACGAAAUUUCCUCCUUUCUCGAUACCAUCUUCACGGCGCAAAGCUCGCAAGCCUCUCUUGAUGCCGCCUAUGCCCUUACCAAUCUUCUCCUCAACAGUCUUGGCUUCCAUGGGCUUGCUUCGCACGGUAUCCUGGAGGCCGUCAGAAAAGGCGCAGCGGACAAGAAGAGUGGUAUGAAGAGAGCAAGUGCAAUGAUACUAUUAGGUGCCCUGCUCGAGAAACUCAUACCAGCUCAGAGGAUUAGCGAGGUAGUUUUCUUGGUCCAAGACGGGGGCAUGAUUUCACCGGCUUUGGACGCUUUAGCGGACAGAGACGCUGUGGUCAGAGAAUGUGCGCAGUAUGCACUAGAUGCACUGUUCAAUCACUUAUCACCAGAAAGCCUGGUGGCGGGUCUUCUACCUGUGCUGAGUCGAUACCUAGGCAAAAGGACAGGGAAAUGGCAAGGAACGGUUGGGGCUUAUGAACUCCUGGGGCGGAUGGCCGAUAAGGCGAAAAUGGGAUUAGGGACUAAAGAGGAAGAAUUACAGAAGGACUUACUUCGAGAAAGCAUGGGACGAGAGUUGAAAGGCAUAAUUCCUAUUGUGGAGUCUGGAAUGCACGAUUUGAAGUCAGAGGUCGCAAAACAGGCUGUAAAGACGAUGAGCUCCCUCACCACCCUCCUUUCGAAUGACGAUGUCGCCCCUCGAAUACCGCUGCUGAUUGAGACAAUGAAGAACCCAUCCUCAGAAACUUUGCAAAAAGCUAUACAUGCCUUGUCGCAAACAACGUUUGUCGCUAUAGUCACCUCUCCUGUACUAGCUCUCCUCACACCUCUACUGGAACGAUCUCUCAAUACUCCGUCAACAUCACAAGAAGUGCUCCGGCAGACAGCUGUAGUUGUAGAGAAUCUAACUAAACUGGUUCACGACCCCAUUGAGGCGCGCGCUUUCUUACCCAAACUGAGACCUGGUGUGAAAGGCGUGCAAGACCGGGCGUCACUUCCAGAAGUCCGCGAGCUUGCUACGAGGGCAUUGAAUGUGAUCAAGAAAGCCAUGCGGGACGACGAUGGCAAUAUAUCUGACGGUCAAAUCGUACCAACCACUGCUGAGGACAUACUAAGUGUUCUGGAGAAGGAAGUCAAGCUACGAGGCCGCCUCGUAGGACAUCCAGGGGAUAUGGAUAUUUGGGCUUCAGCCAAGAUUUACAUCUCCGAGAUGGCAAAAGAGGAUGUCAACAUACGGCAGAUGAACCGCAUCGUACAAAGUGUCGGGCCAUACCUGGAGCAUCUGUUACUAGAGGGUUCUGGGAAUGAAGUCGCACACGCCGUCGAAAAUCACUUCAUGGAAGAAGACCACCGAAAAUUCGGGCAACCGAUCAAACCUGACUCGGGAGAAGUAGAGAUCGUGAACACGGAUUUUUCGCUAGCAUAUGGUGGUAUGCUUCUUCUCUCACAUACCAACAUUACUCUCCACAAAGGUCAUCGUUAUGGCCUAUGUGGACGUAAUGGGGCUGGAAAAUCUACACUCAUGCGAAGUAUCGCCGAGGGUAAACUGGAGGGUUUUCCAAGUAAAGACAAGCUCAGAACUUGCUUUGUGGAGCACAACCAAGGAGAGGAUGCGGAUCUGAGUGUCCUAGAAUAUAUCGCUAAGGACCCAGAACUCACGGCUAAUGAUAAGGAUCGCAUUUCAGAGGUCCUGAGUGAAGUCGGUUUCACAACAGGGCCAGAAGGCAAACAACAAGACAGGGUGGGCUCGCUCUCUGGUGGCUGGAAGAUGAAGCUUGCUCUUGCUCGUGCUAUGCUGAUGCGUGCUGAUGUCUUACUCCUCGACGAACCCACCAAUCACUUGGAUGUUGGGAACAUCAAAUGGCUUGAGGAGUACCUCAAAUCUCAUACCGAGAUCACAAGCCUCAUAGUCUCUCACGACUCUGGGUUUCUCGACGAUGUCUGUACGGAUAUUUACCAUUAUGAAACGAAGAAACUCGUAUGUUAUCCCGGAAACCUCGCAGCUUUUGUCCGCGUCAAACCAGAAGCAAAAUCAUAUUACACCCUUUCUGCCAGCUAUGCACAAUUCAAGUUUCCCGCCCCCGGCAUCCUCAGCGGCGUCAAGUCCGCAACACGAGCUAUCCUCCGCAUGAGCAACGUCAGCUACACCUACCCAGCCAACCCCCAACCCUCCCUUCACUCCGCCAGCUGUGCGCUUACACUAUCCUCCCGCGUCGCCAUCAUCGGCCCUAAUGGUGCCGGUAAAUCUACCCUUAUCAAACUCCUUACAGGCGAAACCAUCCCACAAACUGGCCGUGUGGAGAAACAUCCUAACCUCCGUAUCGGUUACAUCAAACAACACGCCCUCGAGCACGUUGAAAUGCACAUGGAGAAAACUCCUAACCAAUACUUGCAAUGGCGCUAUGCCAAUGGUGACGACCGCGAAGUGCUCCUCAAGCAGACUCGGCAAUUGAACGCUGAAGACCGCGCUCAGAUGGAUAAAUGGAUUGACCUUGGUGAUGGUAAGGGUUCUCGACAGGUUGAGGCCCUCAUGGGUCGACAAAAAUACAAGAAAACGCACCAGUACGAAAUCAAAUGGCGGAACCAACUCCCCAAACACAAUGCCCAAAUCUCACGGGAGACACUCGUGGAACUAGGUUUCACCAAGCUUGUCCAAGAAUUCGACGACCAUGAAGCCUCCCGCGAAGGGUUGGGAUUCCGCACUCUCGAGCCAAAGGUCAUCGCGAAGCACUUCGACGACAUCGGUCUCGACCCGGACAUUGCAAACCACAACACCAUUUCCGGCCUUUCGGGGGGUCAGAAAGUCAAAGUUGUGCUUGCAGGCGCAAUGUGGAAUAAUCCUCACCUUCUCGUCCUGGACGAACCUACCAACUUCUUGGAUCGAGAUAGUCUAGGUGGUCUCGCGAUCGCAAUCAGAGAUUUUAGAGGUGGCGUAGUCAUGAUCUCCCAUAACGAAGAAUUCGUGAGUGCGUUGUGUCCUGAGCAGUGGCAUGUCAAAGAAGGCCGACUCACACAUAAGGGACAUCUCGCCGUGGAAUUGGGCAGGUUCGAGGAUUCCAGGCCAGGCAGCAGUGUUGGGAGUUCGAGGGCAGGAACGCCGAGUGCGCUCAGCAGUGCUGCGGCAUCCGCGUCUGCGAGUGCUGCAAAUUCCGAUGCUGAAAGUGGGAGGAUUGAUGGUGAAGGGGAAGGGGAACUGAAAUUCAAGGCGAAGAAGAAGAGGAAGAAGUUGACGAGGGCACAGAUGAAAGAACGAGAGACCAGGAGACGGUUGAGGCAUAUCGACUGGCUGAAUAGUCCGAAGGGGACCCCACAUCCACCGGAUACGGAUGACGAAGGGGAGUGA